AGCAGCAAGUUCUUGAAUUGUUGGGAUCUUUUGGCUUCCAUUAAUUUCUUACAUUGGCAGCAAAGUUUGGUUGGAAUCUGGUACACUCAUUUCCCCUCAAACAUUGUUGAGUGUUUGGUAAACCCAUAUUAAAUUAAUGUAGUGUAAUUAUUUUUAGGGAAGAAAAAACAAAAAUAAUAAUAAAUCUAUCACUUUCUUUGAGAGCAUGGAUAUUGAUCACCUUCUCUCUGCUAGAGAAAUCCUCAGGAGCAGCAUAGAGAAAUCAAGAACCAUAGCCAAUGCACUCGAUUCAAACGCCUCGAAAUUGAAAGAAACGAGCCGUAAUCUGGCGCGCACGCAAGCCGCUAUUACAAACACAGCCCGUAGAUCGAAAUGUGCCGUACAAAUCGAUCGAGCCAUGGGGCCCGCUUCUGCCGUUUCGAAGAUCCUGGACCUCGUUUACGAGCUCGAAGACUCGCUUCGCGCUGACGUGGCGGUUUCAGAUUUGUCGGUUUAUGUCACAAAUAUCAAACGCUUGCAAGAAACGCUAAAGCUUCUUACCGAUAAUUGCAGAUUGGUCAUCCUAUGGCUUGAAGAUGUUAUGCAAUUCUUGCAAAACAAUGCAGCUUCUGACGAUGAAUGGUACCUCGGACAAGUAGUGUCCAAAGUUGUGAAAAUAAUGGAGCAACUGCAGAGGAAAGGGGGGCCGUUUUGUCGAGAUGCGGGCGGCAGCGCUUUAUCCAAUGCAUUCGAUAAUCUCGAGAGCCACUACAUGCAUCUCUUGACAGAAGCAAGUUUCCCACUGCAAAGGGAUAUUCAAGAAAUGCAAGAUAUAGUUGAAGUACUGGCUGCUAACAAUCGCCUCGAAAAAUGCGUGUCCAUUUAUGCGGAAAACCGUAUUGAAAAUUUUCGACUUACUUUGCAAGCCCUCGAUUUGGGUUACCUGGAUAUCAAAUUGUCUGAAACCGACAGUGUUCAAACUGUAGAUAGCUACAUUGAUGAGUGGGGUAAGCACAUGGAGUUUGCUGUCAGGCACUUGCUACGAAAAGAGUACAAUCUUUGCAGCGAGGUGUACCGCAAAUUUGGAUCUGAUGUGUCGAUGAAUUGCUUCGCAAAGAUUGCGGGCGAAUGUGGAUUCACGUAUAUUCUUGAUUUCGGUAGCAGAGUUUGUAGAUGCAAGAAAGAAGCAAUCAAGCUUUUGAGUCUGCUCAGAGUGUUUUCGACUCUGGAUAAACUGAGACUAGAAUUCAACGAGCUUUUCGAUGGGAAAUUCUGUACCGAGAUUCGAAACCAGACAAGGGAUCUUGUCAAGAAAGUUGUUCGUGGUGCUUGUGAAAUUUUCUGGCAGCUUUUGGUGCAAGUGGAGUUGCAGAGGGCAUCAAAGCCUCCGGAAUAUGGGAAUAUUCCGGUGCUCGUUUCUUUCGUGACCGAUUACUGCAAUCAGCUUCUCGAGGAAGAAAACAGCUCGAUUCUUAUCCGGGUUUUGGAGAUCCAUCAAGUCUGGAAUCGGGUCAAACUCGAAGAAGGGCGGAGCCUACUCUCGAAUGAAAUUCAGAGCAUAAUGAGAGCAGUUGAAAUCAACUUGGUGACAUGGGCCGGAAUGUACAAUGACGCAAACGCCCUUCCCCACUUUUUCAUGAUGAACAACCAUUGGUACUUGUGGAGCAGCAUAAGAGGAACAAAUCUUGAAGAGUUAAUGGGGGAUACUAGGUUAUCUGCGUACGAGGAAUCAACGGAGUACUAUGCAGCAUGGUACAUGAGAGAGAGUUGGGAAAAGCUUUUGGUGCAUUUACGAGAAGAUGACGUCAUCUUGUACCCAAAUGGUCGAGCGAUUGAUCGGAAUCUGGUCAAGAAGAGGAUUGUUGUGUUCUGUGAAGAAUUUGAUGACUUGUGUAAGAAGCAAUCCAAAUGGAUACUGUCCGAUAAAGUGUUGAGAUGGAAAACAUGCCAGCUGAUAGUUGAGUCGAUUAUUGCACCUUACAAGAGGUACCUGGAAAGAUAUAUGCCGACUGGUUUAUUAGAAUACAGUGCUGAGAGACUUGAGAAUAUGAUUGGCUCGUUGUUUAAACCGAAUGUCGGCAAGUACGGUGGUAGCAAAUGCUCGGAUUUGAUCGGCAUUAAUAAUGCUGCUGUGAGUCGCUUUUCGUCAACCCCUGCUGCUGCAUGAAAAUUUGCCUUCUUAAGUUCUGUCACUGACAAUGUAAAUAUCAUCAAUACUUGUUAUUCAUUUUCAUUACAUCAAAAUCAUUUGGAGGCAGUAACUUGAUUUCAAUAUUAUCAUAGCAACAAUUUCUUGUUUUACUU